ACCAAAUACAAUCCAGACAACCACCACCCUUGACAGGAGAAACACACCCUCAACAUAAGCGUCCUUGAACAUUACCCACCAUGACCUCAACUACCCCCACCCAGCCCUCCCCCCUCCACAACUCUCGCUCCCCCUCCGAACCUUUCGAUAUCGUCACUACCUACCACCACCUCCUCUCCGCCGACCCGGACCUCACCAUGCCCGUCGCGGCCAUUGAAUCCCUCGUCCUCGCCCUUAGCUCCACCCCCACGCUCACCAUCUCUGAAACUCUCGCCCUCCUCUCCACGCACGUCGCCACCCUCAAAUCCGCUAUCCCUAACCCCAUCUCCCUCUCCGCCGGCACCGACCUCUUCCAACGCUACCUCAUCUCCUCCCUCCAGCGCCCCUCCUCCCCCGACGGCGACUUCGAGUCCGUCCGCCGCCACCUCCUCACCAACGGCCGCCUGUUCGUCGAGCGCGCGAAGCAGGCGCGGGAGGAGAUCGCGAACUUCGGGCGGCACUUCGUGCGCGACGGGAAGACCGUGCUGACGAACGGGGGGAGCCGCGUCGUGGGAUCGCUGCUGCAGAGCGCCGCGGAGGCGAGCGCAGGGUCAGUGCGGUUCCGGGUGAUCUACGUGCUGGACAGCGAUAAUCUGCAUGCGUGCACCGCGGCGGAGCACGAGCAUCGUGGUCGGGCGAAGCGGCUAGAGGCGGAGGGGACGGCGACGGUGGCGGGGUUGAGGAAGCGGGGGGUGCCCGUGGCGACGAUACCGAGUAGUGCGGUUGGGUAUGCGAUGGGGGAGGUGGAUAUGGUGAUUGUGGGGGCGGAAGGGGUGGUAGAGAAUGGGGGGAUCAUUAGCCGACUGGGGACAUAUCAGAUGGGAUUGCUGGCGAAGAGCGCGGGGAAGCCGUUCUACGUAGUGGCGGAGAGUCACAAGUUCGUCCGGUUGUAUCCCUUGAGUCAAUUCGACCUGCCGAUUGAGCAAGACGUGUUGCGGUUCGUGGCGGAUGAGACGAGUGGGAAGUCCGGGAAGGGAGUCGAAUUUACCGACGAGGCGAUUGAUGUGGAGGAUGGGAAGGCCAUGAAGAAGAACUCAAUCGCCGAUUCGGUGGAUUUCACGCCUCCGAAUCUGAUAUCCGGUAUCAUCACGGAAGGCGGCGUACUGACACCAAGCGCUGUGAGCGAAGAACUAAUAAAGAUUUGGUUCUGAAACCUUCCAUUAAAACUCCAGAUCGCGGUAUGAGCGGCGCGUUCCUGGUCAUGAUACCCAUAACUAAAACAAUGAAUAGAUAUUGAAAUGACUGAUAACGCUUUGCUUGGAUGAAAAUUUCCACCCAUGACCUUCGCGCGCCCUGUGUAUAUCCGGCAGUGACGGUGUUUACCCAGAGUGUAGACCAUCUAUUUCUAUGCGCCAUUAAGCCAAUAUGAAUUCGAAAUCGACUGGACGCCAGCCAACACCGGCGCUCAAUCGCGAUGGUCCACAU